CUUUAUUGUGCGUUGUUAGAGUUCAAACCACGUUUCUUCUGACGCUCUCCAGUUUUACAUCAAAUUUUAAAAAAUGACUGACGUAGCUCCCAAGACUCCCAACAAGAGGAAAAGCUUAGCUGACCAAAAGACCCCCAAGAAAGCUAAAGUAGAAAAUGGGCUGGCCAACAAAUCCCCUUUCACGAAUUCAGCUAAAAAGCCGAACCAAACACCUAAACCUCAGAAAAACCAACAGAGCCCCAAGAAACCCCAAAUGACUCCCAACAAGAAAAACCAAUCGCCCAACAAGAAAAACCAACAAACGCCCAAACCUUUAAACAAUCAGAACAAGGGUAACAAAAACACACCAGCGAAGAACGGUAAAGGAGCCAAAGUCGCUCCAUUCAAGGGCACCGCGAAUUUGAAAAAGGGCAACGCCAAUGUAAACGUCCCGAAGAAGGCGAAAGCAGAAUCGGGCGAUAAGAAGGACAAGAAAGCGCAGUUCUACAAAGUCAAAUUGCUAAUGAACUCUACCAAUCCCGAAGAGAAAAAGGCUGCGGUUACUUUAAUAGACAACAAAAUAAAAGAAAUACAAAACAAAGGCGAGCUCACCAAAACUGCCAACCGUAAGAUCAGGAUUCUUAAGAAAUUUAGGAAAAUAGCGGAAGGCACUUACGUGAAACCCGAGCCUAAAGUAGCGAAGGCUAAAGUAGAGAAAAAGGGACAAGGAGAAAAACAGGUUCAGGGCAAACAACAAAAUAAACCCGGUAAACAGGUAAAGAAAGGCAAACAAGAAGUCGUCAAAGCGGAAGAUGAUGAUGAGGAAUCCGACGAUGAAUUCUUCGAGGAAGACGGCGAGUCUGGUGAUGAAGAUUCCGAUGACGGCGAUUCAUCGGAAGAUUAAUCAAUAUACUAUUGUUAUAUUAACUAGAUUAAGUGAUGCUCUUAAGAUGUUUGUAUUAUUUUAUAGUUACAUAUGAAUAAGAUGUUAAAAUUUCAUUAUUGAGUUAUAAUGUUUUUUAUGAGGUAGACCUUUUUCUUUAACGAAAGAACUUCACAUUACAUAAUCUCAGUUGUUUCCAAUAAUUAGAUGAAAUUUAUUUCGUCAUUUUUUUAUUGUACAAAAUAAAACUAUCUUUAUGUGA